ACACUGCGGGGAUAGGUCCGGUUCUCCUUUACAAAGAUGGCCGAUCCCCGUUUGUUAUGUGGAUGGGGGUUGUGCACUCCGUCCUUUACCAAUAUGUCGGUGCCAGUGGCUGUUCGCUCUGAGCUCCGGCUUUGCCGGCGCUUCCCGCCUCAUCUCCACCCGCUGCAGGUUCUCACCCCGAGAGCGGCCUUUAGCUCUGGCCGCUGGCCCAGCGCCGGCUCUCGCUGUGUCCUCUCCCUGAGAAGCGGCACGUCCUGGUCCCCGGGUCCAGGCCUCUUCGUCUCCGCCACCGUCAGCGAAGAGGAGCCGCCCGAGACCGGGCCCCAGGGGGAGGCCGAGGGGGGGACCGGGCCCCAGGGGCAGGCCCAGGGGGGGACCGGGCCUCAGGGGCAGGUUACUGGGAUCCCGCUCCGAAUAUACACCAGUAAACUGUUUCCCAAACAUUAUGGGUUAUGGAUGGAAGAGGAUGUGGCAGAGGAAUCCCCAGGGCUGCAAGGCAAUGAGUUUGGUGCCCAAGCCUGGCUGAGGGUCUCCCUGGUACACUCAGUGCCCAUCCUGACCAAGGUGGUACUGGGUGCCCGCAGCAAGGCCAGCUUGUACUGGGCUGGCUCACAGAACUUUGCCAAUGGCCUCCUGGUCCUGAUAUGCCAGCAGCAACAGAUCCUGCUGAGGCAAGGCGAUGUUCCUGUUAUACCCUACCAUCCCAUAUUUGGGGAGGACAGCGGUGAAGUCUUUACCAACCUCUUGGAGCUGGUGGUCCUGGAAUGCCAGCCUGUUCUGCAAGGAGUCCUGUCUGUGAACACUAGCCUGGUACUCACUGAGUUCAGAGAGGCCAGUCAGCUGCCCUGCAGUGAGUUGCAGCCCGUCAGGCACCUCCAGCCUCUUUGCGUUUCUGAUUUUGCCCAUUACACCAGUGGAGUUUGGGGGGCAGGCUUUGGGAUGGAGCAUGGCAAACCGCUGGACUCUGACAUCAUGACUUUUCUGCGAGCCCUAGAGUGCAGGCUGGAGGUUACCGUGGUGGACGUGCCUGCACUUCUCAACAACAGGAGGCUUCGACCCCACACUGUGGCUGGGCAAAACAGCAGCCUGGAUGCUGAUAACCUGCUGGUCCUAACCAAACCAGCUCUGCAGCGCCUGGGUCUUUUCAAUCGCGAAUGGGUCCUCAUCUCAUUACUGGAACCGACCAUGGAGAGGGAGCAGAGAGCAGUGCGUGCAGAGCCUGAGGCAGAGCAGCCCGAUCAGACAGGGGAACCCUACAGCAGUCCCAGUCUGAUGGGAGGCAGCUCUGAUCGGUGGCUGCGUGGGCGGCUUGCCUCUGUGGUUGUGGUGGAAGUGACUAACAGUGCCCACCUGGAGCUGGCAGAGAACACAGCAGCAAUCUCGCACACGCUUUGGUUUAACAUUUCCAAUGGGGCCCCAAUGCCCAUUGCCAGUAGGACGCUGAAAAUCAAGCGAUUUUACCAGCCAGCCGCUGGGAGCAAACAGCUGAAGGAUAGUCGUUCAACUCUCUCCAUCCCUCCACUGGCAAAUGAGCUACAUGUAAAAGUCAUCUUCUCUCCAACAUACAAUGCAAGAGCUGUGUAUGAUGGUCUACUGUUCGAGCAUUUUAAAACACCAAGGCUUAUCCAUUCAGGGGAUGUGCUGUGUGUCCGAACACAGGGCAAGGCUGAGUUCAUUGAGAGCAGUUCAGAGAGAUCAGUGAGAUGGCCGGUGCUGUACCUGAAGGUGAGCUCAGUGUCUGGGCACGCAGCUCCUGAGUCUGGCCCUGAUUUCCUGGCUGACAACGAGCACACCUCCCUGUACCUGGAUGGUUGUGUUAACAGCUUUAUCCCCGCCGCAGCUGCAUCCAAUGGUCAUCAAUUCUGGGGCAGCACAUCUCCCCCUGGACUGACCGACAUUGUGGAUAUCCUCAGUAGCAUCAUGCAGCCCUACCUGCACACUGGGCCUCCAAUACUAGAUUGGCCAUGCAGUGUCUUGUUGUGGGGUCCGAGUGGGUGUGGGAAGACCACGGUGCUCCAAGCUGCUUGCUCCAAGUUCAACCUGCAUCUAGUAAAGGUGGACUGUGUGUGUCUCUCUGCUGAUUCCACCGCGGCCUCCGAAGCCAAGCUCCAAGCUGCCUUUGCAGAAGCUGAGGUGUACUGUCCGAGUGUCCUGUUGUUGCACAACAUGGCGAUGAUUGGAAGAAUGAGGGAUAAUGUCGGUGCAGACUCGCGCCUGAUCUCUUCAUUUCACCGAUUGAUGAAGUCCCUCCCCCUGAGCUGCCGUGAGUACCCAGUGGUGGUGGUUGGGACAGUGGGCCGGCUGCAGGACCUUUUUACUGAUGUCCAGACGCUGUUUCUUCAUGAAGUGGGAAUGGCGAAUCUCUCCGAGGACCAAAGGAAGCUUAUACUGACAGCACUGAGUACCGAGCUGCCCCUGGGCAACGAUGUCAACCUGGCCAAGCUCGCCAAGUUAACAGCUGGUUAUCAGCUGAGUGACCUGUGUGCAUUACUGAGCCAUGCUAGCCAUGCAGCCUGCAGCCGCUUAAGGAAUAGCUGUUUUCCAGGAGCUGUCCUGAGUAUGGAGCGAGAGUUGGAUUUAUGCAUGGCGGGAGUGACGAUUCUAUGGGAGGAUUUCCAGAGUGCCUUAGAUCAGCUGCAGACGGAGCUGUCCCAGGCGAUCGGAGCUCCAAAGGGUGUGGACACUGAGACCUCGGAGCUUGUCCUGCUGCCUGAUGACUUUAAGAAAGCCUUGGCCACACUGCAGCCUUCAGUCUCUCAGCACGAGCUUUCCAACUACAAACAGAUCCAACAGAAACUGACAGCCACAUGACAGAUUCCCAGCUACAGCCGGAUGGGAACAGGAACAGCCAACUGGGGAAGCAUCUGGAUGGGAGUUUGGGAAGCCUCGAUCUGAAUGCACAUGGGUGUAUAGUUUAGCAAGCAUAUGGAUGUGCAAGUAAUGCCUGGAAGAGACAUAACAAGGAACAUUGGAGGAGUAGGAUUUUGGGUGGGGGCAGGUCUACAGAGGGUGGAUAUUCCACUUGGGAACAGGCCCUGGCUGUAAGUGAUGAUAAUCUGCAUAGCAACAAGAUUGUAGCUCUGUGUCUGGGAACAGGAGUGAUACCACUUUGUACAGCACCGGGGCUAGAUCAAGGCACCAGCUUGGGACAAGGCACAGUGUUUGAGGAACUCUGUAGGAAUAUGUAAGUUUUAGUAUUGCAAGGCACCUCUGGAUGAGAGAGCACAUCUGAACAUGAAUAAAGUCAAUAGUAAAGGAGUGCAAUUUGGCAAAAAUGUGGAUGGAAUUUGCAAGACAUGAGGGAAAGACCAGGUUGGGCUGUGUCCAGAAGCAUUAAUAUCUGUACAGGUACAGGAGCACUUUUGCAGUUAGUCAGUUCCACAUCUGCAAAUAUAGAACUUGGAUUUCACCACUGAUGCUCAGUAACAGCAGUGUGUACUAUCGACAAGAUGCACUGCAGAAAUUCACCAAAGAUCCUCAGACAGCACCUUCCAAACCCACAACCACUUCCAUCCCGAAGGACAAGGGCAGCAGAUAGAUGGGAACCCCACCCCCUGCAAGUUCCUCUCCAAGCCCCUCCCCAUCCUGACUGGGAAAUAUCUCACCGUUCCAUCACACUCACUGGGUCAAAUGGCUGCAGUUCUCUCCCUGAGGGCAUCGCGGGCCUACCCUACAGCACACGGACUACCGCGGGUCAAGAAGAAAAUCAAUGUUUAACUUUUGAAAAUAUUAUUUUCAGGAAGCUGAAGUUUGCUUUUAUCUGGAAAGCUUAUAAAUGAUAAAAUUCUGGUCAUGGA